GGCAUUUCUGUCAGCCACCGCUCGAGAGCAGGGGAGAAACUGAGCCUGUCCACCGAGCUCUGAAAAGGACAUGAGAAGGUCUCCACCAUGGACACAGAGAUGAUGCCAAAAUUCUCCUCAAAAGACGAGGAAAUCGAUUACUGGAAGUGUUUGUCUCUCAAAUACAAAAAGAGUUGUCAUGAUGCUCAGGAAGAGCUGCAGGAGUUUCAGGAAGGCAGUCGGGAGUUGGAGGCCGAGCUGGAGGCUCAGCUGGGUCAGGCAGAACACCGCAUCCGAGACCUGCAGUCCGAGAACCAAAGGCUGAAGAGCGAGGUGGACAUACUCAAGGAGAAACUAGAGCAGCAGUAUGCACAGAGCUAUAAGCAGAUCUCCAUGCUGGAGGACGACCUGCUCCAAACACGCGGCAUCAAGGAACAACUGCACAAAUACGUCAGAGAGCUGGAGCAGGCCAACGAUGACCUGGAGAGAGCCAAGAGGGCCACCAUCACGUCUCUGGAGGACUUUGAGCAGAGGCUGAACCAGGCGAUUGAGAGGAAUGCUUUCCUGGAGAGCGAACUGGACGAGAAGGAGUCUCUGCUGGUCUCAGUGCAGAGGCUUAAAGAUGAAGCUAGAGACCUGAGGCAGGAGUUGGCUGUACGAGAGAGGACGUCAGAUGUGACCAGGAUGUCGGCCCCCAGUUCUCCUACUUUAGACAUUGAUAAGACAGACUCUGCUGUGCAGGCCUCGCUGUCUCUCCCAGCUACACCUGUGGGGAAGACCAUGGAGCAUCCUUUCAUUGGCACAAAAGCAUUAACCAAUGGCUGUGGAAAUGGCUCCCCCCUUACACCAUCUGCACGGAUCUCAGCUCUUAACAUCGUUGGUGACCUUCUGCGGAAAGUCGGGGCUCUCGAGUCUAAACUAGCGGCCUGUAGAAAUUUUGCCAAGGACCAGGCAGCCAGGAAAAACUACACCACAGGAAAUGGAAACCUCAUCAACAGCAACGCAACAAAGUUCUCUCAUUCGCUUCACACAACGUAUUUUGAUAAGACGACUAUGAAUGGACUGGAUCCCGGAGCUCUGAGCGCCGCUAUAGCCUCCCCGCGGGCCGUGUCUCCUCCAGGGCUUCUCCCUCUCAGCGUUUGACACACUUUCCCCAAGCGACCUCCAUACAAACUCUGACACAUCAUGCAAAUGGAGAGGACUCUAGAAAGAGCUUGUGAUUGUGUGUGCAAGUCUGAUACGACAAGGCUUAAACGUGUCUGACAGAUACAUGUCGGGCAUGAGCGUUAGUUCCUGUCGGCCUCUGUUCUCCUGAGGUCUCACUUAAAGCCAGCAAAACGACAAAGGUCUGAAUCAGACCCACAGCUUCUGUGUGACUGUUUUUAGUGUGACACACAAGUGAAUGAGAGAAAUAAGGGGGGGAAUGAUUAAAAAGAAUCAAAAGGGAUUUGAGGUAAAUUUCACUGUAUGCUUAUGUGCAAAUAUGAGCGCGGGUGCAAAUGAGAGUUUUUGCGAGUGUGUGCAAGCACGCGAGCGAGUGUGUGCGUGUAUAUGAGCAUGCACGCAUAUGUGAGUUUAUGUGUGUGUAAUCGUGUGCGCUUGCGUGUGCAUAUUUGUGUGUGUGUGUUUGUGAGCUUGUGUUUGUGUGAACGUGUGUGCAUGCAUAAGUAUGUGCGUACUUGAGUUCUCGGGUGCAUGCGUUCAUGUGAGCGAACAUUUGUAUGUGCGUGCCUGCAUGCGUUGCGUAUGUGCUUGCAUACAUUACUAUGUGUGUGCGUGCAAGCUAGUGUGUGUGUGCUUGCGUAUGUGCGAGCGUGCGUAUGUGUAAAUGUGUGCGCGAGCAUGUGUCUGUGUGAACGUGUGUGCGAGCGUGCAAUUGUGUGUGUGCGCGUGCGUGAGUGUGCAUGCAUUCGUACAUGCUCGUGUUCUAAGGUGCAAGCGUUCAUACGUGCGAAUGUUCGUAUGUGUGUGCCUGCGAGUGUAUGUGUGUGUGCACGCGUACAUAUGUGUGAGCUUGUGCGUAUAUGCGAGUGUGUGUGCGUGCAUUUGUACAGGAUUGGGGUUUAAAGGUGCAUGCGUUUGUAUGUGUGUACAUUCAUAUGUGCGUGCCCACAUGCAUAUGUGUGUGCGUGCAUAUGUUCGGAUGUGCAUGCGUGCAUUCGUAUGUGCAUGCCUGCAUGUACGUUUGUAUGUGCGUGUCUAUGUGUGUGGGGUCGUGUGUGUGUGUGUGUGUGUUCGUAUGUGUAUGCAUGCAUGCAUACACUUGUAUGUGUGUGCAUGCGAGCAUGUACGUGUUUGCAAGUGUAUGCUUGUGUGUGUAUGUAUGUGCGUAUAUGCGAGCGUGUAUGUGUGUGAAUUGGUAUGUGCGUGCAUUCAUUUGUGCGUGCUUACAUUUGUAUGUGUGUGCGUGCUUGCGUUCGUAUGUGCGUUUAUGUGUACGUGCGUGCGUGCGUUGCAUGUGCGUGCGUGCGUGCUUGUGUUCGUAUGUGCGUGUGUUCGUAUGUGCGUGCGUUCGCAUGUGCGUGCGGCAUUCGAAUGUGCAUGCCUGUGUGCAUGUAUGUGCGUGUGUAUGUUUGUAUGUGCGUGCAUAUGUGUGCGUCUGUUGGAGCGCAUGUUCAAGUGUGUGUGUGUGUGUGUGUGUGUGUGUGUGUGCGUGCGCGAUGUGUCCUUAUGUGCGAGCGUGUGUGUGUGCACGCUUGUGUUCAUAUGUGUGAGUGUGCAUAGAUGCGUGUGUGUAUGUGCGGGCGUGCAUGGGUGUGCGUACGUAUGUUUUAGUGUGCAUAGGUGUGUGUGUGUGUGUGUGUGCGUGUAUGCGUGCAUAAAUUGUUUGUGUUUGGGGCCUUGACUUGUUCACUUUUUAGGUUCAGUAAAGGGUCUUAAUGUGGAGGUCAGCAGAUAUUUUGACUGAACAAAUUGCCAAGAACAUGUUUUGCAUAGCAUGGAAACAUCCGCUACCUUUAAUAUCACUUAUGAAUUCUCAGUUAUAGCAGAGCUGGAUGCACACCAGUCUCCAUCUUACACUUUUUUUUUUUUUCUUAUUUUGGGGGAAGGAAGGUAUGCAGAAGGUUUGCAUGUUAUUUUUCCGACAUUUAAUUUCUGUAUGUAGCACUUUGUACUUCAAAAAUGCAAAGUGUUCACCGACUGUAGAUUGAGCGGUGGCAUCAAACCAUAUCGACACAAACUGCAAAUGCUGUUUUACUUUUGUACCUGCUUCAACUGUAAAUCCGUCUCUGUGCAAUGUGAGCAGUACUCUGUGCUCGUAUGAACCUCAUCUCUAUCCCACGUGCCUCUGGAUCUGCUCUUGAGUUUGAGAUUCACUGUUUAUUUAUUUAUUAUUGGAACAGAAGCCAAAUUAUGUGUAUCACAGUGUUUGAGUUCAGUUCGUUUACGCCAAACGUCUAGUAUGGGAGCACUUGUUCGUGUUAAGUUUCCCCCUUUGAGUCUUCUAUUUCAGUUUUCAUGCACUUUGUUGGCUAUUUUGUUAUAACUCAUGUAUAUAGAUUUAUAAACACAGCAGUCUGUAGAUGCUCAACUGGGCUGAUGUGCUGUUUAAUUUAUUUCUGAAGCUUUAUGGCAUGUUUUGACACAAGGAGUGAAUUUUACAUACCGUGCAUUGGUUUAAAAAUAAUAUAUCAAGAUGUACAAUUGUCUAAUGUGCAAAUAAAUAAAGGGAAAGAA